GCAAGCAGGAGAAGCGAGGCUGAGCGAGAAGACGUUCUGGCAAUGAUGGCAUGGGCUGGGGAAUCGCAGAGCAGAUGUCUUACCCUCACUGGUUCCAUCGCCUUCUGUCCUCAGAGCGACUCAUGAGGCGUUGCCACUGCUGGCCAGGAAAAAAAAUCCAUUUCCUUGCUCUAACUGCACUACAACCACCACUGCAGAAGCUGUUCUUAAGCAACAGGAGAGAAACUGCAGGAGGGCAUCAUGGACUACAGAAUCCACAAACAACUACCAAACAUGGCUGGAGAUUCCAGAAUUUUCAUGAACCAGGACAUGGAGAUUGGUGUCACCCCAAGAGAACAUAAAAAGAUCCCCAAACAAGCCCGGGAUGAUGUCCCAAUUACCACUGAUCGAACUCGCCUUUUGGCUGCAGAAAUCAAGAAACCACGCCAGCGCUACAUGGAAAAAAGUGGCAAGUGCAAUGUCCACCAUGGAAAUGUCCAGGAAACCUAUCGUUAUCUCAGUGACCUCUUUACUACUUUGGUAGACCUCAAGUGGCGUUUUAAUCUUCUUGUGUUCACUAUGGUCUACACUAUCACUUGGUUGUUUUUUGGGUUCAUUUGGUGGCUCAUUGCCUACAUUCGAGGAGACCUAGAUCAUGCAGAAGAUGAAGACUGGAUCCCUUGUGUUGAUAAUCUCAGUGGCUUUGUCUCUGCAUUUCUGUUUUCCAUAGAGACAGAGACCACCAUUGGGUAUGGCCAUAGAGUGAUCACUGAGAAAUGUCCUGAAGGUAUCAUACUCCUUUUGGUUCAGGCCAUUCUAGGCUCUAUAGUCAAUGCUUUCAUGGUAGGGUGCAUGUUUGUGAAGAUCAGCCAACCAAAGAAGAGGGCAGAGACCCUCAUGUUUUCCAACAAUGCUGUGAUUUCUAUGAGGGAUGAGAAGCUCUGUCUCAUGUUCCGGGUUGGGGAUCUAAGGAAUUCGCACAUUGUUGAAGCUUCCAUUAGAGCCAAGUUGAUUAAAUCCAAACAGACUAAAGAAGGGGAAUUCAUCCCCUUGAACCAGACAGACAUCAAUGUGGGAUUUGACACAGGAGAUGACAGACUGUUCCUGGUGUCACCACUCAUCAUUUCACAUGAAAUCAAUGAGAAGAGUCCAUUCUGGGAGAUGUCCCGUGCCCAGCUGGAGAAAGAAGAGUUUGAAAUAGUGGUCAUUUUGGAAGGAAUGGUAGAAGCAACUGGAAUGACUUGCCAGGCUCGGAGCUCCUACAUGGACACAGAAGUGCUUUGGGGACACCGCUUCACUCCCGUGCUUACCCUAGAGAAGGACUUUUAUGAAGUUGACUACAACAGCUUCCACUGCACCUAUGAAACCAACACACCUUCGUGCUGUGCCAAAGAACUGGCUGAAUCUUUCCAGGAGGGGCAGCUCCUCAGUCACCCAUCCAAUGCCAACCUCAUGGGUGGAGGAGAAUCAGAGAAGGGAGAGGAGGAAGAGGGGAAAGAAGAUCAGAAAGAGGGAAGGCUCAAGGAGAAUGAUGAGGACAAAGAAGAGCCACAGGAGCUAGCGGAAUUGAACGGCACCAAUGGGACAGCAGAAGAAGUGAUGGAUAGCCUGUCCUCAUAACAAAAGACUUGCUGAACUAUAGGAAAUUCAGGUGCAGUCAUCAUGAAGAAGACAGGUGAGGACAUUAGGAAGCCAAAGACUGGAACCCAGUGCUCUCACUUCCCAGCUGAACUCAAAUGGGCCCUUCUCUCUCUUUGAGGUUCUGCUUUCCAUUCUGAAAAAUGGGGGCUGUUACUCACCAUUUUGAGAUCCAUGGACACAUGCAAAGUACUAGAUAGGAAUAUUAUGAUAAAGCUGAUAAUAUUGACAUUUUUCUCCUUUUCUUUGAAAUCCUCUCUUCAGACAGAAGGAGGAUAUACGUGUUUUUAAAACUCCCUGUU